AUGCGCAUUUCACAAUUAUUCGACUCAUCCCCAAGCGAAAAGAAACCCGGACACCCGGUUGCAAAGCCCACUUCCCUCGUACCUGAACUCGCCGUGAUCGUCAAAAAGCUCCUUUCAGAACUCCCAAGCAGAAUAGUUCUUCCCGAUGAUACCGAUGCAUUCAGACAGCUGAUGAUUGUCUACUGGGCCAAGCAGGAAUGUGAGGUGAUUCCAGCAUGUAUCAUCCAACCUCAAAAUACCGAACAGCUUUCUACCAUAGUAUCGAUCCUAAAACGGGCAUUUGAUGACCUUAAACAAGGAACCAACGGCACAGAAGAAAAGCAUACUGGUAUUUUUGCCGUCCGAGGCGGUGGCCACUCACCAGUGCCAGGCGCUGCGAGUAUAGAAGGAGGCAUCAUUAUUGAUCUCAGACUCUUUCGCGAGGUGACGCCGUCUGACGACGGGAAGAGUGUGGUAAUAGGGGCUGGAUGCAAAUAGGGGGAUGUCUCGAAAGUCCUUGAUCAGAAGGGUCUUGCUGUCGUUGGGGGUAGAAAUUCUGCUGUUGGGGUAGGAGGCUUAACACUAGGAGGUGAGCAAUUGCUGUGUUCUGAUCGAGAUGUGAAAUCAACAAAUUCCCCCUCUCAUCUCAACGCAAUGGCCCUUCUUUUUCUAAUCUGUACAAGGAGGGAUUUCCUUUUUUACUCCCCGUUUCGGCCUGGUAUGUUCCAAUGUCAUCAGCUACGAAAUCCUACUGGCCUCUGGUUCCGUCAUUAAAGCAUCUGAAUCGACUCAUCCCGAUCUAUGGCGUGCUCUUAAAGGGGGUGGCAACAAUUUCGGAAUCGUCACAAGCUUUACAGUCAAGUGUUUUCCUUGCGCAGAUAUAUGGAGCGGUUUUUCUACCUGCCCUCUUUCCAGGCAUCCAAGGUUCUCGCCGCCUUCCACCAAACAGCUCCCAUUCCGAGAGCGAGAAUACUGCAGGCCCAAUCGUCUGCUUUUCAUAUAUCCAUAGUCUAGGCAUCCAAGCCAUCUCAGUAAACCUCGUGAACACUUCGCCGCCUCUGAACUUACGAAAGUGGCCUACGUACUGGAAGAAUUCGCCAUUCAGUUCGCUCUGGCGUUUAUGGAGUACCUGCAAGACCCAAAGUCUUUCCAGUGCAACCGAUGAAUUGAACGCUCUCAACCCUCCAGGCAGACGUCAGAUAUUCAUUACCACGACCAUCAAAAACGACGCAACCACCCUGACGGGCGCACACGCAGCUUACAGCAACGCUAUUCCCGCACUGUGUGAUCGAAAUGUCAAAGGAUUAGCCUGGACACUGUUCAUACAGCCACUUCUGCCAGCCUAGGUGCGCAAAGGAUAUUCCAACCCCCUAGGCCUGGAUGAGACAGAAGAGAGUCUCGUUCUCGUGAGUUUCACAAUCAACUGGGAUGAGCGGGAAGAUGAUGAAUUCAUGAGGGAUAUGGCACGGUCCACUUUGAAUGAGAUUGAUGCUUUUGCGAUGGCGAAUGAUACUGCGCAUCGGUAUCGGUACUUGAAUUAUUGUACGGAUUGGCAGCGGCCGUUUGAUGGGUAUGGCGAGGAGAAUAAGCGAUUCUUGGAAGAGGUGAGUAAGAAGUAUGAUGUUGACGGGUUGUUUCAAAAAGGAUGCAGAGGUGGAUUCAAGCUUGAUUCUAAUGUUGAGGGUUGAGAUAGGGUGGGUUUCUACCCAAAGGUUAUUAUUAGUUUGACUUAUCGUUAAUAAAGUGUGAUACAAAAGACCUAUAUUACUAAGGGUAAUAGCUAAUUCCAAGGUUGUAUGCCGAAGCAAGUGUAGCUAGCUAAGUACCUACGUACUUAUAGGUACUAAAGUACGCUAGUAAAGCACGCUAGUCCUAAAGGAGCAACUACGCUCGGAGUUAGCUAAUAAUCAUUCACUAUUAUAAAGCGACAGUUAUAUAUUAGGGAUUUAGUUCAUUGUUAAUUGGGUCGAGUAAGGUGCUACAGCAGAUUUGCUGAUAUACAAAAGCAAGAGUAAGGUUCAGAUAUAGAUAACAAGAAGAAUCUAAUAUAA